CGACAGCCGAAUGCAAAUCAUUUUAGACGAUACAGUUUAAGGGGAAAUCGCAAACUGCCGUACGGUCCUGCGGAAUAGUUCGUUUAGUUGUGCUUCAUUUCCCACGUGAUCAACAACAAUGUCCGAACUGAGCAAGUGUUUCUACGAGGUGACCGCCGGUAAAACAUGCCGUGACCUUUGCCAUCCCGAGUACGCUUCCUGUUGGAUUUCGUUCUUUGAAAGUGCUCGUCGAUUGCUGCCGGGGAGCUUUAAGCUGUAUCUCACCUAUCUUUUGAUUCCUCCACUGGUGAAGGGCGGUGGCUAUACGCGACAAUUCUGGCGAGAUCACUUCGCCAGCUACAUCGGGGUUUCUUACAAAACGUACCUGAUUGCAGUGGUUGGCCUAACCCUUCAAUGCCUGUUUUACAAGAUGUUCGGUCAGCUACACUACUAUUGGGUUAUGGGAUUUCCUGGGUUCUUUAGCGCAGCUCUGUCACCCAAACUAUCGAGAGUUCAUCUGAGACUACAAGGGAUCACCUAUUUCAACAUGAUGUUGGAGGUUAUGUUGAAGAAAAGCAAAAUAUGGCUGGUGGUAGCGCUGCGCGAAUCGAAACUCUGUGGCACAUUACUUUUCAUGAUUUUCAACGCACAGAUUAUGGACCUGUUGCAGCAGGGAAAAGUCAACCAAUUUUGGUUUAUGCAUCCGCUUCCGGUUAAGCAACCGGAUCGGGAGUCGACUGAUGACAGCCGAGUGUUAGGUACACUUUAUCCGAGUGGCUACAAAGCCUGCUCUCAUGAAAAAUCUUGCGACGCUUUCAUCGCUGAUGGUAUCCUCAAGUACACCGCCGCAGGUUUCAUCAUCGAAAUUGCCGGAGCAUUAAUAACCAAAUUCCCACUGCUGUACAAGGACCCGGCACGUUUACUAGCACGUAUGCGCAACAGUCUUAGCUUGAAGCUCAUGUCUUCCUUAGCAGUCUACAUUGGCAGCUAUCGUUUAAUCGGUUGUCUUCUCUGUCGUCAUUAUGGAAAGGAUAGUCCUACGCACAAUAGAAUCGCAUCGUUCCUUUGCGGAAUAUCCUACAUGAUCUAUCCCAAGUUCCAAGUGUUUACAUUGGCCUUUUCCAAGUUUGUCGAGCUGUCCUGGGAGCACCUGUUCAAAACUGCCAAAAAUCUACCGGACUGGGCUCUGAAGCUGGAUCGGAUUCCAUAUCUUCGCAUCGUGCACAUGGUCGCAAUAGGUUACAUGUAUCACUCGUUGGUCUUUUAUUCCCACUUGUCGCCACCGUUCAACAGCAAAGCGGUCAACUACUGUUCGGAUAACCGCGUGGAACGAUUGAAACGACGACUGCUCGGCUGGAUGCUCGAUCACGAGUGGUCGAAGGCUUGACUUCUGCAGUCGGAUUUUUGAAUAUGAAUUAUUAAAGAAUCGAAAAAAAAUUAAAACUGUACUAAAAAAAA